AUGUCAUCUUCAAGAUCCUCAGAGAGCAACGUUAAUACCAUGGCCACCAACCCCACCCCCUUCAUUCAUCCACAGCACCAGCUAAUCUUCAUUAAACUCACAGAUUCAAACUACCUGUUAUGGAGGCAACAAACCUACAGUUCUAUUAUUGGGUAUGGUUUGGAAAGCUUCAUUGCUGCAGAUUCCACUCCACCCCCGAGGUUUCUCUCAUCUGGCAGUACAGAUGCACCCUCUCUCAACCCAGAGUUUGCCACAUGGGUAAGACAAGAUCAACUACUCAUGUCUUGGUUACUUUCAUCACUGAGUGAAAACCUUCUUAUAAUGAUGGUUUGCAAGACUAACUCUCAAGAGGUGUGGAGCUCCCUAGAAUCUAACUUCUCUGGGCUCUCAAAAGCAAGACUUAUGCACCACAAGCUGCAGCUUCAAACCCUAAAGAAGGGAUCUAGCAAUAUGAGAGAAUUUCUGGGCAAAGUCAAGGCCUGUUGUGUUGCCCUUGGUGUUUCAGGAGAACCAGUCUCAGAACAAAAUCAGAUCUUAUACAUCCUUGUUGGGCUAGGCACUGAGUACAACCCAGCUGUUGUGGCUGUGACAUCAAGAGUGGAACCCCACUCCCUUAACGAAGUCUAUGCUAUGCUACUCAGCCUUGAAUCUAGGCUAGAUAUCUCCACUCAAACUCUUGUGAACCCAGAUGGCUCCAUACCCAGUUCUAACCUACCUCGAAACAAUUCCUCUACAAACCAGAAAUCCCCUUCACCCUUUCCCACCAACAACAACACUAGAGAAGGGUUUUCCAACCACAGAGGUAGAGGAAGGUCUCCCAACUACAGAGGAAGAGGUGGUAGGGGCUACAAAAACUCAAUGCAAGGCCAUCUUGCCAGCUGUGUGGCCUCAACAAUCAUACAGCAGACAGCCACACAACCAUGGGACUUCACAUCUCAAUGCAUUGGUUACUUCACCUGA